AUGGCCGACCCUGCGGCCAAGGCGUUCCGUCUGGCAGAGGUCCUGGGAUUUACUGCGAACAACACUCAGGAGCUGCGAGACUUCCUCCUGACGGUUGACCCACAGGACCUCGUAUCUCACGAUGACGACAUCAUCACUCCAGAGGUAACUCCAGCAGAUUUGUACAAUAAGCAGCCGUAUCGACCACUACGAGGACUAUUAUCCAGCUAUAUGAAGGUGUCAGACAACCCCUUAAAGAACAUGAUGGACUAUAUACUCAGCCUACUAAUUCUGCCGUUGCCGCCUUUGCAGGAGGAGAUCCGCAUCCAGCAUCUUGCCUGGCUCCCCGUGAUUGAACAGGACGUGGAAGGCGCCUUCGUUACCGAGUGGCCGGCCGAAAGCCUGAAGGCAGGUCGUUUCAACAAGGUCCCCGUCAUCACGGGCUUCACGUCCGGGGACGGGCUCGAGCUGAUUCGACAGAAGCUGUACCUCUCUGACCCGGCAGCAGUGCAGGAGCUCAGCGACAACUUCGUGCAGAUAGUGUCUCCAAUCCUGCACCUGCCAACGGCCGAAGAGCGCGAGGAGGCGGCACUGAUGAUGCGAGACUUUUACUUUGGCCAUGAGAACAUCACCAUCGACGAUGCUCAAGCCAUCACCGAUAUGUGUACCGACAUAUACUGGGGCGAGCCAGCUGACGCCACCGUGAGGGCGGCAUCCAACCAUACCGACGCUGGGCCUAUCUACUACCACCUGUUCGAUUACCGAGGACCGGAGCUUGGCAACGGCACAUAUGGUACAAGCCACGCCUCGCAGGGCUUCAUGAUGUUCUACAACGAGCGUAUGGGCCUGCCAGAUCCCAAUACGACGUUUGGUCAGUUGAGACUGGCCAUGAUACGGCUGUGGAGCAACUUCAUUAAAUACGGAACACCAUCGCCAGAGGGUGAGGAGUUCAUCUGGGAGCCUUUCGACAACACAAAUCUUUAUUAUGCGCACAUCACAGACACCGUCAAUCUGGAGCAAGCCUUGUUCAAGGAACGCAUGGAAUUCUGGCAACAGAAUAUCCCUCUCUGA